AUGAUGGCAACGGCGCUACCCGUGCAGGGUGCGCAGACAGUCAAUGUUCAGCUCAUUCGACAGCGUAUGCAAGAGGGAUUUCCACCACAAGACGUACAGGAGUAUCUAUGGCGAGUGCGACUCGAAGCUGAAGAUCUUCCGGACAUCGUCGUGGCUUCCGACGUCGACGCGAGACAGUAUGAUGCCCAACAGACCAGCAAUAUACCUACGCUGCAGUCGUUUGGAGACGAAAAAACGACGCUAGAUCGACUUCCUGACGAAGAGUGGACGAGAAAUUUGCUAGCAGAUUUUGCGGAACUCAGACAAUUGAUUGCACGCUGGGAGUGUGUCGGACCACCGCCAGCAGAGGCGCAUGGAGCAGGAGAUGGUGCAAAUGAGCGCGCUCGCACGAAAGUACCCAAAAUGAGCGACGAAGAUGGAUGGGCGCUUUUUUUCUUUGGAAAACCAGGAUUUGAGACGUCGGCAACACCGCCACAUUUGAGACUGUUGCUGCAGUUCGAUCAGGUACUGACCAGAAAACUGCUGGAUUACCAUGCUGCGUGGCUCAGUGAAGAGGCGACGUCACUUUCUCGAGCACGUGCAGUAUGGAUGUAUGCACUGAUGGCCCGUUUGGAUAAACCAGUUCAUGCUGGUGUAGCGGCCACGAUUCGGCAGAUUCUACGGCGCUGCUGGAUCUUGAGAUGCGAGCUGGAAAUGCCGUCAGGGGUUCAGCUCAAGUCGCUCAACGUUUUGAUUGUAAUUGCUGGACAUUUCUUCGGUCAAUUGCACGCCUUGGAGUAG